AUGUGGAAACAGCAGAAAUCAGAAGCGGACGAGAAAAAGCUCGACAAGCUUGUCAAGGAUCUUGAGAGGAAUCAUUUUCUCUUCAAACCCGGCAUAAAAGUCCUGGCGGAAUGGGAUACCGUCAGUGCCAUGGGUCUGCACAUCUGGGCACCUGAGUUUUCUUUUGUAUCGGACACUGUACCCAAAUGUGUCGAAUCGGCGUUCCAUGCGAUGUCUAUCCACGAAAGGCGCUUCGAAUUCGAACCCAUGCCCUACCGUAGAGGUUACGAGGAAACGCACACAGAGAAAACGCGGACGGUGCGACAAUGCUUGUUCGUCGGCUGCCAUUUCGAUCAGCAUGCCGUCGGAAAACAAAAACCCCCAGAGGAUGAGAGGACGUUGGCCAUUGAAGUCCACUGGACGGUUCGCAUGUUGCAAAAGCGGAUCCCAAAUGGCGCUGGAUGCUUACCCGGCUAUGAUCUCCAAGGGCUUGACGAAGACCCCCAUGGACGGGAAAGUGGCUUGCCACAUUACAUUUGGCGCAAGCGGUGUGACUCAAAGCAGCAGUCAAGUCCGAACGCCGACAGUGAGGCCAUCUUGCAUGAGUUCAGACCCAGCAAAUCUGAAUCCGAGCUGUACAAGGAAUGGUCCGAAUACGAUGGAAAAGAGAAGGACAGAAAGUCCCAUCGGGAAGUGUACGACAAGCGGUGGAUGAAUGCGUUGAGUGAGCUAUCAUUAAAACCAGAACCACCGGUACUAAAGGGUCGGAAGCGGGACGAGACGAUGCGAGAAUGGUUCCGAGACUUGUAUCCUGAAAUUAAUGAGCUUAGCGAGGAGGGAACAAGAUUGGAGUCCGAGUCCAAUCCCGAAGGAACAGCCGAUGCACUGGGUCAAUGA